AUGGGCAAAGACUAUUAUAAAAUUCUUGGUGUUGAUAAAAGCGCUGACGACGAUACACUUAAGAAGGCCUAUCGAAAAUUAGCAUUAAAAUGGCAUCCGGACAGACAUCAAAGUGAAAACGAGAAAGAGAGCGCAGAAAUAAAGUUUAAGGAAAUUAGUGAGGCUUACGAAGUUCUUAGUGAUAAAAAUAAGCGACAAAUCUAUGAUACGUAUGGCGAAGAAGGUUUGAAAGGAGGACCACCACCACCUGAAGGCGGAGGUGCUGGUUUUGCAGGAGGAUUUCCUGGAGGUUUCAAUUUUCCCAGUGGCGGGACGACAUUCACGUUUUCUCGUGGAGGUUUUAAUCCAUCAGAUCCUAAUACUAUCUUUAGUCAAUUCUUUCAAAGCUUUGGUGAUAAAGAUGAUGAUUUUACGAGUGCAUUUCCCGGUGGUUUUCGUGGAUUUGGCUCGAGGAGUAAAAGCAGUAAUAUUUCGGGUGAUUUUGGUGAUUUUGGUGAUAUCUUUAAUAGACAACGUGGAUCAGAAAGUGGAGUGGUAGAAGUUAAACAUAAGCUACCGCUAAGUCUUGAAGAGAUAUACAAAGGAACUACCAAGAAACUUAAAGUUAAGCGGAAGCUUAUUGAUAGCCCUUCUGGUAAAGUAGUCCAAACCGAUAAGAUCUUGGAUAUAACUGUUAGACCAGGAAUGAAAGGUGGAUCAAAAUUUAAAUUUCCAAAGUCUGGAGAUGAAUUGCCGAACGGUGAAACACAAGACGUUGUAGUUACUUUGGAAGAAAAACCACACCCAAUUUAUACACGUGAUGGGGACAAUUUACUUAUGACUUUAACUAUUAGUUUACUUGAAGCACUUGUAGGAUUUAAAAAGACUAUCCAAACAUUGGAUGGUAGGAACUUGGCUAUCACAAAUAAUAGUGUUAUUAGACCAGGUCAAGAACAAAGGUUUGGUAACGAGGGAAUGCCCACAAAGGAUCCAAAUAAAAAAGGUGAUCUUGUGGUGAAAUAUAACGUUUUGUUUCCUGCCAAGUUGUCAGAUGCACAAAAAAGAGAACUUUCAAACAUUUUACGAGAUUAG